AUGUCCGCUCGCCGUCCCCAUGGUCAGAGCUCCAACGUAGCAGUCAAGCCUGCUCCGGCUGGAGACUCGGACGUAUCACUGGCAGUCCCAAGUGAUGUCAUCUACAAGCUCCUCUUCUUCACAGCCGCCAUGGUAUUUGGCCCUAUAGGAAUGUACUUUCUCACAGUGAAUGCCAUCUUCUCGGGAAACUCCACCUAUGCUGGCAUUCUAGCUGCUAUCACUGCCAACGUGGUCUUAUUCGCCUACAUCUAUGUGGCAUGGGUAGAAGACCAGGGCGAGCAAGGAGAAAAGUCAGAGUCCAAGAAAUCCCAGUGA